ACCAGCUGGCACAGCUGAGGGACGGCGAGAGAGGCUAGCGCCGUUAGCUCCGCUAGCUUUGUCUGGCCACAGUAUAAUCCCGGAAGACGCAAACGUCGCUUUGCACCUUCUAGAAGGCAGCCAGCGAGGCCGAACGCGAACACAAAAACGAUGGCGGCGUCGCAGCGGACGUGUUUGUAUGUAGUGUCGCCUGGUUCGAGCGGUGUUCGGCGCGCUGUCAAUGUCAUAGUGUGCAGUUAGUGGGCAGCGAGUCCGCCGCAACACAAGCAAGGCCCGGGCGACCAAAGAGAGGCUGCUGGGUGGACCGAGAAGAGAACCGGGCCUCGGACCUUCUCGCUCCCUGAGAGGUCAUCUUCCCUAACGUCUUCAUUUCAGCCAUGUCUUCACCAGGGUGCUGCCACCUACCCGGCUCCCUCUGCGAUUACUCCGGGAACACUGAGUCGGACUCCGCUAAGGAUUCAGAGGAGUCCGAUUCCACAGCACAAGCCCAGUUUAUCGCCAAGGUUACAGCUAAGGAUGGCCGCCCACUCUCCACUAUCGUCAAAGCUGUGAGCCUGCAAAGUGAUGUCGGCAUGUGCCGGAUUUGUCACGAGGGCGGCGGCGGGGAGACGCUGCUGUCUCCAUGCGAAUGCACUGGAACGCUGGGGAAAGUGCACAAGAGCUGCUUGGAGAAGUGGCUGUCGUCCUCCAACACCAGCUACUGUGAACUCUGUCACACCGAGUUCACCAUUGAACGGAGGCCACAACCGCUCACACAGUGGCUGAAGGACCCGGGCCCCCGCAGCGAGAAGAGAACGCUGCUGUGCGACAUGGCCUGUUUUCUUCUCAUUACGCCCCUGGCAGCCAUCUCUGGUUGGCUGUGUCUUAGGGGUGCCCAGGACCACCUGCAGCUCAAGAGCAGACUGGAGGCUGUGGGGCUCAUCGCACUUACCAUCGCCCUUUUCACCAUCUACAUCCUCUGGACACUGGUGUCCUUUCGGUAUCAUUGUCAGCUGUAUUCAGAGUGGAGGAGGACCAAUCAGAAAGUGCGCCUGCUCAUGCCUGACAUGAAAGGCGCGCACACCACCCAAAGUUCUGUGCCGACCAAGUCGACAAAGAAAAUGACUGACGAGACCAUCGUAUGAGUGCAGGUCAGCGGCGAGGGGGGAAGUAUUGAAAAUAGCGCCGGCCCAAGCACUCUCUAAACAAAACAAGAACAAUCUAAUCAUAUUAUUGAACCUUUGCACUUCAUAUGGACUAUUCCGAGAGGGGCCGAGGACGACGUUUCCCCCUCUGUUUUCUUGUAUUGAAGCACUUGAUGUAAACUCGGGCAGUAUUGGCUGGCCACAAGUGGGACUCUCGGAUGAACUCCUUCCAGAGUCACCAUUGAUUUUGAUAAAAGUCUUGUCUGAGGACAGCUGGUGCUGAGAACGGCUGGAAAUGAAGAUGGACGAACUAGCCCGGCCUUGAGUCCACGACUAAGGUAUGAAAUACUAAGACAGGAGCUAAUGUAGCAGGAAAUAACUGACCGCAUGCUACAACAGUAUAAUAUGACAAAUAUUCACUACCUAGAUUUCCCCACACGCACCUUCACUAUGUAUUUAGCUGUUUGUAACAAGGGGCAACCUUUAGCGUGGGAGAGUAUACUACAGCCCCUGAGUUGGGACAUUAACUUUCAGUAAGCAAAACUUAAUCUAUAAGAUCUAGGUCAGGGGUGUCCAAACUACAACUUGAUUUCAAAUAUCUGACAGUAUUUGUCUCCAUUAUGUGGACGUGGUGAGUAAUCCCAGGUUAAUGACCAGGAAUGGCAGUUUUAACAUGCAGCAGGUGAUGUCGUGUGAACGUUGUCACUACUUGUUUAUAAAGUCUUUACUUUGUUUACUGGGAUGUUCACUACUCCUUUAUUUAACUGCAAAUGGUAUCAGUGUUCAAAUAACAUCAAUACUAGAUCAAAUGUUUUGUCAUGUCAUCGAACUCAACGCAGGCUGUGAAAAUUGUGUAUUCGAUGUGAGAGGUGUCUUUGUAUUUGUUGGCCAAACUGUUGUACAGAACUAAGACAAGAACAAAGCUUGUUUAUUAGGCCUCAUCUUCAUUAGCCAAACUGCUUUGUGUUUUAUUUUAAUAUCAAAAAGUAAACACACGUUUUUUUUUACAUUACUUGUUUUUUUCAUGUCACAAAGGUAGUACUUCAAAAACCAUUCAUGUGACACAUCAUUUUGUUAAUGUUUUAUUGUGUAUAGUUAAUUCCUAUAUGACAUAUUUCUGCUCAAACUCUUAAUGGAUCUGUCCAGGAACAUCAUCUACAUGUACAUAUAAAUGUACAAAACUUAAAUUAAAAAAAAAAAAAAAAACUCUAUCAAAAUGUAAAACUAGAGAUAAAGGCAUCAUGUAAUGACAAAAUGCUGACAAGUUGAUAUUAUUAAAUAAUUAAAAAAAAAUAUUUGUCUUUAGAUAUAUGGAUAACGUUCAUCUAUAGUCUUUUUAUUAGACAUUACAAAUGACAUGAUGGUAUUACGUUCACACCCCAACACUGCUUUACCUAACAAUCAGUAAUCAUGAUUUCAGUAUCAAUAACAAUAAACUUAAUUAUUACUUUGGCCAUAAUUGGCAGCCCUAGAUCUCAUACAUGAACACUAUUUUUAUCUAAAUGGACAAAAAGUGCAGUUACGUCUUAUGGCCAUCAGUUGCCAUCUUUCAACAUUCUUAUAUAUAUAUGUGUAUAUAUAUGUGUGUGUGUGUGUGUGUGUGUGUGUGUGUGUGUGUGUGUGUGUGUGUGUGUGUGUGUGUGUGUGUGUGUGUGUGUGUGUGUGUGUG